AUGGGGGCUUCCAAAAGGUCCAUCAUACAACAUCGUUCAGGCAGUUCUUUUUUCUUUACUGGAACUUUACUGCUACUUUCUUUUGUUGGGGUAAUGGCUUGCCCGCAUGCCUGCCAUUGCUCAGAAAGGAACGGCAAGGUGGUGCAGUGCACCUCACGCAACCUGGAGAUCAUCCCGGCCAACUUACCGAAGGACACAGUUGUUCUCCUGCUGUCGUCAAACCGAAUCAGGCAUGUCCAUAAGGAGGCCUUCGCAGACCUCAAGCAUCUCAGGGAGCUUGAUUUAUCCCACAACUCACUUGAGAGCGUGGAAGUCGGCUCCUUCCAAGGAGUUUUGGAGAGCCUGCGUACCUUGGAUCUUUCAAACAACCGACUCAGCAGUCUCCCAAGAGAGACCUUUACCAAGUUGCACGCCCGGAUUCGCCUGUCCAACAACCCAUGGCACUGUGAUUGCUCCCUCCAGGAAGUUUUAAGGGAACUGAGGUUGGAUCCAGAGACGGUCAACGAGGUCAGCUGCCAAACAUCAGUGCAGGAGGAGUACGUGGGACAGCCAGUGAUCCAAGUCUUGGACUCGGGGAUCAACUUUUGUAACUUCCACCACAAAACGACAGACAUGGCCAUGUUCAUAGCAAUGUUCUGCUGGUUCUUCAUGGUAACGGCUUACAUUGUUUACUAUAUCAAACACAACCAAGAGGACGCCAGGAGACACAUGGAGUACCUUAAGUCUUUGCCCAGUACCUCCCAUAUCAGCAAGGACUACGACACAGCCAGCAGUGUGUUUUAG